CAGACGCCGCUGCACCUGGCGGUGGAGAAGGGCGACGCGGCGGUGGUGAAGCUGCUUCUGGAGCGCGGGGCGGACGUCCGCGCCGUGGCCAGGGACGGUCGCACGGCGCUGCACGUGGCGGCGGAGAACGGACAGGUCAAGGCCAUGGAGCUCAUUCUGCAGACCGGCGCCGAGCAGAUGUUUUGUGGCAGGAGGGAUGGAUAUGCUGCUAGUUGCUUCGUGGCAGGUGAAGUGAAUGGGUUGCCAAUUGAUUCGUGGCAGGAGGGUGGUUGUGCUGUCAGUUGCUUCGUUGGAGCUGGGGACCUGAACGUGGUGGACAGCCGCGGCGAGGCGGCCGUGCACGUGGCCAUGGAGAAGGGCCACAAGCGCCUGGUGGAGCUGCUGCUGCGCGCGGGCGCCGACGGCAGCCUGGAGGGCCGCGCGGGCCUCUCGCCUUUCUUCUGGGCUAUCAAGCGCGAGCACCUCGACCUGGUGCGCCUGAUGCUCAGCCUGAACCUCGAC